GGCCCUGGGGAGCAGCGGUUCCCCCGUGCAAGACUGGGGCAGGAGCAUCAGCAUCUCCUGGUGCAGGGAGAAGGCUGCAGAAUGAAGAGGAGCCAGGCGAGACUGCGCCAGUGUUGAACGAUGCUCCUCCGCCUUACAGCAGCAUUUCUGCGGAGAACACAGCUUAUUUUGACUACAAGGAUGAGUCAGGAUUUCCUAAGCCUCCAUCUUACAACGUGGCCACCACACUGCCUAGUUAUGAUGAGGCAGAGAGAACCAAGGCUGAAGCCACCAUUCCCUUGGUUCCUGGAAGGGAUGAUGACUUUGUGGCACGGGAUGAUUUUGAUGACACUGACCAGCUGAGGAUAGGAAAUGAUGGCAUUUUCAUGCUGACUUUCUUCAUGGCAUUCCUCUUCAACUGGAUUGGAUUUUUCCUGUGUUUCUGUCUGACUACUUCAGCUGCAGGACGAUAUGGGGCCAUUUCUGGGUUUGGUCUGUCUCUUAUUAAGUGGAUCCUUAUUGUCAGGUUCUCCACCUAUUUUCCUGGUUACUUCGAUGGUCAGUAUUGGCUUUGGUGGGUCUUCCUCGUACUAGGUUUUCUGCUGUUUCUCAGAGGAUUUAUUAAUUAUGCAAAGGUUAGGAAGAUGCCAGAUACUUUCUCCACUCUCCCCAGAACCAGAGUUCUCUUUAUUUACUAAAGAUGUUUUCUGGCAAACGUCUUCCUGCGUUAGUGAAUUCUUCCUCCAGAAGCAACGAGACACCUGCAGGAAGUGAAUCAAGACUCUGGAGCAGAAGAAAAAAUAAUGACCUGCUUUAAAAGAAAUAAAUAAAUAAAUAAAUAAAUAAAUAAACCUCCUGUUGGGGAAAAAAAAAAAAAGGAGAAGCAUUUCUUUCUAUUUGUUUCUAGGUGUAAAAUUUUAAUAAUUAACGCAGAAUUCUGUACUCAUCGAAUCAUUAGUGGCUAAUGUUUGAAAAAGCUAUUGCAGUCGAGUCUGUGACGUGCUCAUAAAGCCUUAUCUAGAGCGUUUCUGUCG